GUUUAACUUCCCGGCCCUAACAAAAACCCUCAAAAGUUUUUAGGGUCGACGGUCACCGUCGUCACCAUCUUCCUCGCCGUGACAAAGCCGACCAACUUCGAGACGAGCGAUUCGCUUUCUGUUGCCGCAGUUGAAGCCACCUGUGUUGGGUUUUUAGUUUCCUGCUCUUCUGAUGUUUUUUCGUCUGCGAAAUCUCCAUGGAAGCACUUGGUUACGCCGUAAUUCAUCGGUUUCUUUUGCUAUUUCCCCUUCAUCCAUCGGAAAUUUCUCUAAUGCUUCCAAAGCUUUACCUGAAACACUUGAAUCUUCAAGUUUGAUAGAAGCUGGGCGGUCUGAAAGAUCUGAUUUUGAUGCUAUUCUAUCUAUAGUUGGCGAUAGAGGUAACGAAGAUGAGGUUUUUCAUCGUCUAGCCCACGACAAAGCUUGUGAUACCAUAAAGCUCUCUGAGAGUUUGGUCCAGAAGCUGCUUCUUAGGUUUAAAGAUGACUGGAAAUCCGCUGUUGGUGUUCUGAAGUGGGCUGAAUCAUGCAGAGGGUAUAAACAUUCAUCGGAUGCGUAUGAUACGGUGGUGGAUAUUCUCGGAAAGGCAAAGAAAUGGGAUCGAAUGAUCGAGUUGGUUUACAGAAUGCGCAAAGACAAUCUCGUCACUCACAACACGAUUGCUAAGGUAAUGAGGAGAUUGUCUGGUGCAGGGAAAUGGGAAGAUGCUGUUGGAAUGUUUGAUGAGUUGAGUAAGUUUGGUUUGGAGAAGAACACUGAAUCUAUGAACAUAUUGCUCGGUACCCUUUGCAAGGAAAACAAGGUGGGACUGGCCAGAUCAGUUUUCUUAGAGCUUAAGUCACACAUUCGACCAAAUGCACAUACUUUUAACAUUUUCAUUCACGGUUGGUGUAGGGCAAAUAGAGUCGAUGAGGCUCACUGGGCAAUUCAAGAGAUGAAAGGACAUGGCUGUUGUCCCUGUGUUAUUAGCUAUUCUACGAUUAUCCGUUGUUAUUGCCAAGAAUCUAACUAUGUCAAGGUCUAUGAGGUUCUUGAUGAAAUGGAAGCUAAUGGGUGUCCUCCGAAUGCCGUCACUUACACCACUAUUAUGAGUUCACUCACUAUGCAUAAGGAGUAUGAGUCGGCUUUACGGGUAGCUCAUAGAAUGAAAAAAGCAGGUUGUAAACCCGACACCUUUUUCUACAACUGCUUGAUCCAUACACUCUCUCGAGCUGGUAAAUUAGAAGAAGCUAUUCAUGUCUUCAGAGAUGAGAUGCCUCAACUUGGUGUCCCUGCAAGUGCUUCAACCUACAACUCAAUGAUUGCUAUGUUUUGCCAUCACAAUCAGGAAGAGAAGGCCUUUGAAAUCCUCGAUGAAAUGGAGAGUUUGAAGCUGUGUGACCCAGAUGCUCAUACAUAUCACCCUUUGCUGAAAUUGUGCUUUAAGAAAGGAGACAUGGAUGGGGUGAGAAGAUUAUUGGAUAAAAUGGUGAACAAACAUAAUAUCAGUCUCGAUGAAUCGACCUAUACUCUCCUGAUACAGAGCUUAUGCAGAGGAAACAGAUGCGAAUGGGCUUACAACCUUUUCGAAGAGAUGAUCAGCCAAGAUCUGACACCUAGGUAUCGGACUUGUCGUUUGCUAUUGGAAGAGGUCAAGCAGAAGAAUAUGGAUGAGGCCGCCGAGAGGAUUGAUAACAUCAUGAAGAAGGGUCUCUAGAGGAAGAGGAUGAACCCACAUUGGAGUUUUGAACGGAGCAUAUGAUCAAAUCACAGCUAGGUUUUGCUACUCUGCAACCAAUCAAAACGAUUAUGACACAGAUGUAAAUAUACAGAAACAGAAGUGGAACUGAACCAUCAUGUUGUAGGAUACUGUUUGCAGUAUGAGAGAUUCAGUUGACAAGUGCUUGUGUCGUCUCUCUGACUCGUUUUGGAAUCUGAGUUUCACGUGAAUAUGUCUCUGAAACUCUUACCGGCUCCAGAUCCAAAGUUUUUUUUCCCCAAUAAAUUAUUCAAAUAAAUCA